GAUCACGAUUACUCAGCUUUCCAGAGUUUGCAGUUUAUUCGUGGUCUACAGGGCUUCACAGAUACAACACCUCCAACGGUUUUUGUUAGAGGAAACCGCUACCCUAACUAUCAAGAAGUCGUCACAAGGUAUCCCCUCUGUGGUUCUUCUGAGUUGCUGUAUUUGGUAGCUUGCCUUGAGGGACGAUCCACCCUAAGUUUUGGAUUGAUAGUUCCGGAUAACAGGUACCUUAUACAUCAUCUUAUUCAUUGCCUCACAACUCGAUAGUGGCGUAUAAAACGGAGUGAGAGAUCACCUGUUGUUGAUGUAUCAGUUAAGAAAGACAGUUUUCUAGUUUUUGUACUUAAAUUUUUCCGAAUUGUGGCGGGUUGAUGAUCAUGUGGCAGUUUUGUAGUAAGCGAGCGAGGUUGGGAUACGAAUAGUCGGGGUUUGUGGUGCGGGUUCGACGAAGGGAAGUUUUCAUCUCGAUCAAUCAGGCUGAAAACAGAGCUUAUAUAAUUUUUUUUGGGGGGGGAGAGGGUGGGGGGUGGACAACAUGUAUUAUGGGCAGAGUAAUGUUCUUGUAUUUUAGCUCAAAACAUUUUCUGCAGCUUGAAUAUACUGUUAGUAAAACCCUCUUCCAUCGGUUAAGUGCACUGUGUCCGAGCCAGCUGAUUAUAAGAAAGAGUUGAGUUGUCGCGAAAGUUGCUGCGCAUACUCUCUUUAGUCAAGAGGUUGUGGCUUGUCAUUUAAUGUUUCCAAUCCUCCAAUGUCUAACCGUCAAUCAAACACCUCCAUGGAUAUAAACUCUUUUUGCAGUAAAAUCUCUCAGGUACUUCAAAUAACAUUUUAAAAGGUGGUGUCUAUUUUGUUGUAUACCACACUGUAUCCUUUGUGAACGCGUGUCUGGUUAGACCAAAAGAUCAGUUACAUGUAUUGCGUAUCAGGAAAAUCUGGGUCAUUUACAUGCAGCUUCAAUGCCGAGACGGGGUCGGAGAAUGUAAGAACAUCGGGCUCACGGCAGCCAAUCUGAUUAUCAGAGUGAUUUGGUAGCCUCGUUUUCAUGACGAGUCUUUAUUUGUUAACUGGACUAUUCACUGAAGUAGAGAACCGGAUCGGAUGAGUUUAAAAAACUUUGACGGAAAUUUCAAAGGACUGUCCAUAACAUGUAUGGAGACUAUUAUUUCGCUACUAAUGUGCUAACAGAAUAAGCUUAAUUCUCUCAAUAUUACCGUUCUGUUUCAUUUUAGGAGGAAUCAUUUGUUGGGCCUUCCGAAUGGUGAAAAUCAGAAAUUAAGAGGAACUCUGUGGUAAUAUUAUACUAACUAACAGAUUCAUUCUUUAACCACAAGUAUUAAGCGCAAAGCUAGAAGUAGAGGCUGAAUAGAAACCUUGUGCAAUGUCCAGAUCACGCAACAAAGCAAUUUUACGAAAUGCACAGAAAGGCGUCGACCUGCCCCUAGCAAUGUUGGGCUAUAUUGCGCAAUGUUAAGCACUCAUGCCGAAGCAAUAGUUCCCAAUGUUGGACACACAGAAAUAGCAUGCGAUGUUGCAAGCUGAUGCAAAGAACUUUGAAUUAAACCGCAACGCUAAUGUUCAGUUUUGUUUUCAAUAUUUGUCACAGUGUAUCUUAGUACUGAAAAAUCUGGGACCAAGUUCCCUGAGUGAAAUUAAUUCAAAUUACAAAGGCUUUUAUGUCCCUGAUUUUACGCAAUGUUCGACUCCAGCGCAGGAACCAAAUAUUCCCAUUUCAAUUCGCAAGACUGAAAGCUAUCUUUUCAAGCUUGUUGUUUCUGCAUCAGACCAAAACCCCCUAGACAAUGCAGUCAAGCCUCUCUCAUGCCAAAUGGGGCCAUCUUGGGGCCAGUUGUAGAGAACUUAUUAACCCCUUCACUUCUUUAUCACAUAAAAGAGGGGCGAUAUGUCACUCUUCAAACAGAAGAGGGCUGGGCACGAGUCCGUUUAGUAUGGGAUAAACAAUACGAGACCCACAAAAUCAGAAAGAGGAAAACAAUAUUUGCAAAAUCCUGAAGUUUGGUGUUUAUUCGGCCUAUAUUAGACGUGAUACAGCCAUUCGAAAAUUCCAAAUGUAAAAGAAAUGUAUAGACACCCGCACGGUCUGUUCGGCAAUCCCAGUACAUCUCUUAGAAAAUUUUCAAGUUUUAUAAUAGCUGUAUCUUGUUUAAUUUUGGCUCGAUUAACACCAAACCUAAAAAUUAUUAUUACCUCAAUGUGUCGUACACAGCCCUCCUCGGUUUGAAAUUAGGCACUGGUGUUGAAACCUCUUUGGUAGAACUUUUGUCUGGUAACAUAUAUUUCUUAAGAUUUUCAAAAUCAGACAUUUUGAAUUUUUGUGAAUUUCUUUACACUGGCCUCUACUUGGAGUGACUGGGAGUUAAAGUCAAGGGUUAAGAUGUAAAUGUAUCUGUCGAGACGAUAAAAUACGGUUCAUUGGGGAGGGGUUAAUCAUUAGCCUGCGAGCGAGCCGCGAGAACACGCGCGGCGGCGAGCUGCAAAGCCGUGAGGGAAGGAAUAAGAGGAGAGCCGUGCGGCUCUCGCGUGACUUCUCGCAACUCCCCCAAAUGGAGUGCUUGCUUGCAGGCUAGUUUAUUCUUAGUAGAGUCCCUCCUGUUAACUUCAAAUCUAGUCUGCAUAAUGCUUUUUUGUUUUAACUUGCGUUGAUCUUUACAGGGCCUGGAACAGUAAGUCAAGACAGAUCUUCCGUAAACCAUUCGAUUCAACUAACAGUGUUGGUGCUGUAUCGCAAAUAUCGUGUUUUGAUUGUGACGUCACAAGCGGGAGCCUUUUGAGCGUUCGUCGUGAUCCAGAGAACAAACGUAUUCAUUUCAAUAUUAAUGGCAACGAAGGAUGGGUCUCUAUUGGUGCCAACACACGUUUCUGUCACGGAUAUGCUCGCCUAACUUCAGAAGGAAGUGAAGGCAAAAUUGAAGUCAUUCUAAUUCGCGGCCAAGAGGAAGGUGAGUAUGGCGAAACACGACAAUGAAAAAAACAGUUAUAUUUUAGCCAAUAAUAAAAAAUGCGUCAUACGAUAUAAAUAAAAAGUUUGGAUGCAUUGAAACGUCAAUAUAAGACUCAGUUUUUAAUAAUUGCCUCGUUUUGUAAAAAGUAACACCUGUAAUUUACGCAGGAUUGUACACGAUUUCAUGACCUGGCCUUAUUCUUGUUCAUUGAGUUCGGUUGUUAUUCCUCUUGAUGUUGUUUUAUAAUUUUCAAUUGCUCAUUGACAACCCAAUGUAUUUAGCACAAUUUAAGUACUAUCGCUACUUGUACGUCUCCGCUUCUGGAAGGCAGGAACGCCAUUUUACGUGGUCGUCCGAGCCGCGUCGAAGGUCGAGCCAUUUGCAAAGCCACUGGCAUUUCCAUAGUCAGUUAUUUUAAACCUGGUCCCGGGAAUCGAACCAGCGACCUCCCGUUCUGGAGUCAAGCGCUCUAUUGACUGGGAUAGUCUUGUCGCGGUAAUUCCUUUCUCUUCGCUAACUUCUUUUAUCAUGAAUGUAAAUGCUAAAUCCCCAUUUCUUACUACGAACAGUACAUUUUAACUUUGGUUCUUUACAGCUGUUUUUGAGCAAAAUUCGCCUUCGUUAGGAGAAGUAACAUUCGUACAUCAGAAUUCGGAGUCCUUUUGGAUGCCUGUUGUUAGAGGUAUUUAUGAUAUGUAUAAAAUUGUCCACUUUUAGACCUAAACCAAGGCAAUCAAGCAAUCUGUUACAACAUAUUGGUCGGUUUAUAACAUUAAAUUUCAUAGCUAUAGGCUAUUAGCUUCUUUAAAAGGGUGUGUGGGUGCGUGCGUGUGCGUGUGUGUAUGCACACGUAUGGGUAAGAUUUCUUUCCCUAGACUAUUAUUGUGAUCGAGUUAAUUAAUUUAAAAUUUUCUCUUUUAGUUUUAAAUUCAGUUAGGCACAAAUUUGUGGAUUUUCAUAGGCUGAAGCUUCUUCGUUUUACUUUUGGUUUUAACUAAUUUUAAAAUUAAACAAAUAAGCUUCAAAUGGACGCUUUGCUUCAGUUCCCAACCAAGAGCUACCACUCAGUGUUUAGUGUGGAGCUGGGGCGCUUAUGUAUCCCCCUCGGCAGUAAAAGGCAGGGUCUGUGAUCGCAAGUGAGACCAUACUGGUUAUGCAAUGUUGAUAAGCCCCAAGAGGGGCGAAACAGUUGUCCUUGGCUGCCACUGCCCGGGUGAUAUAGUCGUGCGCAUGGGUACGGUAUUAGCCAUACCACGGAGUUGGUACGUGUGCUUCAGUGCGUUCUUUGCUUUGCUUUUAGCCUUGGCAUAAUCUUGGUUUGAAUCUCGAAACGUGUACUAAUCUCGAACUGCUAUCUUUCAAGGGUUUAAGAGGCUGUUAUUUGACCUCCCAGGGAGAACAAUGGAUGUUAAUGAAGAACCCCGAGAAGGUCUGUUUUUCCUGUUGAAAAUCAAAUUUUUCAGUACUCUUUUGUCCUUUGAAGCUACAUUAGAAGCCAAAGUUUGACUUUUUUUCUUUACCAAUUAAAAAACAAACAGCAGAUUACACGCCAUACACUAAUACCCUUAAAGGUUACAAGUUGGCUAACAGUAACUACCAGUUUACAAGUUAACACUGACAAUCACUAACUUUCAAGUUCACACUAGCAAUAACUAAACUUACAAGGUUACCCCAACAAUAACUGGCUAAUGAUACUUUGCAAUACGGAUAAAUUGUCAAAACGGUUAAGCUUGUUUAAGUAGGCAGUGAAGGAAGGUUUGAACGAUUUUAUGCAGGGGACAGACGAGAGCGAAUCGAACCGACAUCAACAAACUAAGAUUUUUCAAGAUAAAGUCUGCAUUAACUCCAGCUUUUUACUGCGGCCAUCACCAUUUUUUAGCUCCAGUAAAUAGGUUGACCUCUUGCAUUGAGUGUAAAUGGAUGCAUGUCCUCCCUAGCUCAUGUAAUUACAGACAGAAAUGCUAGUUAACGUAUGGAUAUGGAUUACUUUGUAUGGGUGUAAUCUUAUAUCUAGUAUGACACUAUGCUUGCUUUGGAAUG